AUGAUGAAUUUCCUUUCUACACUUAAAAUAUUUUUAUGCAUACAGGUACCUGAAACAUUGUCUGAAGAAGUCCUUGGGAAGAUUAGAGCACCUCCAAAAAGUGAUGUUCCUAUCAUUAAACCCCGUGAGCUUGCUGAUGCUGAUGGUUUUUUAUUUGGUUUUCCCACAACAUUUGGAUCUAUGAAUGCUCAAUUUAAGGCAUUUCUAGAUGCAACUGUGGGCCUAUGGCAUGCACAGGCACUCUCCGGAAAGCCUGCAGGCUUCUUCUAUAGCACUAGUUCUCAAGGAGGUGGCCAAGAAACUACCCCGUUGACAUCUAUCACUCAGCUUGUUCACCAUGGAAUGAUAAUUGUGCCGAUUGGAUACACAUUUGGUAAUGGAAUGUUUGAGAUGGAGAAGUUGAAAGGUGGGUCCCCAUAUGGUGCAGGAACUUAUGCUGGUACUGAUAACUUAAGGCAGCCAAGUGAGUUAAUUGGCUCAAGCUUUCCAUAUCAAGGAAAGUACUUGGCGGGCAUUGCAAAGAAGCUUAAAGGAUCUCAAUGAUUUGAUUUUUCUCCACACAUAUCUACCACAGUAUCCACUAUCCAGUUACUGUAUUGUCAAACAGAAUAAGAUGUUAGUAGCAAAAAUAAAAUCAAAGUCUGGGAGAAUAAAUUAGUACUUAAUAUUCAACACAUGUUGUUGUCGCUUGUCACAAUGUAUCCUGUAAUGAAGUGUUUAUUGUCAUAAAGAAGA